CUGAGGACUGGUGUAUAGGAGUUAAAAGCAUCGGCUUUGGAACCGGACUGCCUGGGUUUGAAUCCUGGCACUGCAGCUGACUCGCUGAUGGACUCAGGGAAUGCCUUGAACUCCCUGGGCCUCAGGUUCCUUGUCUGUCAAAUGAGGAUAGAGAGAGCCCCUGUUUCGUAGGGCUGUGGUGAGAAACCAGUCAGACGAGGCAUGUGAACGCCAUUACAGCACAGCGCCCAGCAUCCAGCAGGACUCACUCGAUGACAGCCGUCACCACCAUCAUUGUUACUAGUGUGGGCCAGGGAGGGCCGUGUAAGAGCAGCAGGUGGAGAAGGAGGAGGUGCUGUGUGACCCUGCAGGUUCACAUGCGUGAAGUAUGAUCUGGGCCUUUAGUAUGCAAGGCACAUAUGUGUCCUUACUGCAUGCGGUGUCACAUACGUGCAGGACCAUGCUCCUGCGCCUUUGAUUGCAGACGUGUGGGAAGUGGGCCCUGUCCCCACCCCCAGUGCCACCAUACUCUGCUUCUCUUCCCUUGCCCUACUCUAAAACGAGAAGUACAAGUGAGUUCCCCCAAGGGGUCGGCCGCGCCUCUUCCGGUCCCCGCCCUGCCGGCUGCCCUAGGCCAGUGGAGUGGCAGCUCCAGAACUGGGACCACCGGGGCCGGUGAGGCAGCUUGGCACUGGGAGCCACGUUUGAGGCUUAGUCCACGAGUCCUCUGCCUGCCCAGACUAGCUGUGUCGCCUCAUUCCCUGCGCCCCCUCCCUCUCCGGAAGCCCCCAGGAUGGUGAGGUGGUUUCACCGAGACCUCAGUGGGCUGGAUGCAGAGACCCUGCUCAAGGGCCGAGGUGUCCAUGGCAGCUUCCUGGCUCGGCCCAGUCGCAAGAACCAGGGUGACUUCUCGCUCUCUGUCAGGACCUCCGCCGAUCCCUGCCCUCCUGCCUCUACUCCUGCACCUACUGGCCUCACCGCCUGGUGCCCUGCAGGGUGGGGGAUCAGGUGACCCAUAUUCGGAUCCAGAACUCAGGGGAUUUCUACGACCUGUAUGGAGGGGAGAAGUUUGCCACGCUGACGGAGCUGGUGGAGUACUACACUCAGCAGCAGGGCGUCCUGCAGGAUCGCGACGGCACCAUCAUCCACCUCAAGUACCCGCUGAACUGCUCCGACCCCACUAGUGAGAGGUGGUACCAUGGCCACAUGUCUGGAGGGCAGGCAGAGACACUGCUUCAGGCCAAGGGCGAACCUUGGACGUUUCUUGUGCGUGAGAGCCUCAGCCAGCCUGGAGACUUUGUGCUGUCCGUGCUCAGUGACCAGCCCAAGGCUGGCCCAGGCUCCCCGCUCAGGGUCACCCACAUCAAGGUCAUGUGUGAGGGUGGACGCUACACAGUGGGUGGUUCAGAGACCUUUGAUAGCCUCACGGACCUGGUGGAGCAUUUCAAGAAGACGGGAAUUGAGGAGGCUUCAGGCGCCUUCGUCUACCUGCGGCAGCCGUACUACGCCACGAGGGUGAAUGCGGCCGACAUUGAGAACCGAGUCUUGGAGCUGAACAAGAAGCAGGAGUCCGAGGACACAGCCAAGGCUGGCUUCUGGGAGGAGUUUGAGAGUCUGCAGAAGCAGGAGGUGAAGAACUUGCACCAGCGCCUGGAAGGGCAGCGGCCAGAGAACAAGGGCAAGAACCGCUAUAAGAACAUUCUCCCCUUUGACCACAGCCGAGUGAUCCUGCAGGGACGUGACAGUAGCAUCCCUGGGUCUGACUACAUCAAUGCAAACUACAUCAAGAACCAGCUGCUAGGCCCUGAUGAGAACACUAAGACCUAUAUCGCCAGCCAGGGCUGUCUGGAGGCCACGGUCAACGACUUCUGGCAGAUGGCAUGGCAGGAGAACACCCGUGUCAUCGUCAUGACCACCCGAGAGGUGGAGAAAGGCCGGAAUAAAUGUGUCCCCUACUGGCCUGAGGUGGGCACUCAGCGCGUUUAUGGGCCCUACUCUGUGACCAACUGCGGGGAGCACGACACGCCCGAAUACAAACUCCGUAGCUUACAGGUCUCCCCACUGGACAAUGGGGACCUGGUUCGGGAGAUCUGGCACUACCAGUACCUGAGCUGGCCUGACCAUGGGGUCCCCAGUGAGCCCGGGGGCGUCCUCAGCUUCCUGGACCAGAUCAACCAGCGGCAGGAGAGUCUGCCCCACGCGGGCCCUAUCAUCGUGCACUGCAGCGCGGGCAUUGGCCGCACAGGUACCAUCAUUGUCAUCGACAUGCUCAUGGAGAACAUCUCCACCAAAGGCCUGGACUGUGACAUUGACAUCCAGAAGACCAUCCAGAUGGUGCGGGCUCAGCGCUCGGGCAUGGUGCAGACGGAGGCGCAGUACAAGUUCAUCUACGUGGCCAUCGCCCAGUUCAUUGAAACCACCAAGAAGAAGCUGGAGGUCUUGCAGUCGCAGAAGGGCCAGGAGUCGGAGUACGGGAACAUCACCUACCCCCCAGCCAUGAAGAACGCCCAUGCCAAGGCCUCCCGCACCUCAUCCAAACACAAGGAGGAUGUGUAUGAGAACCUGCACGGGAAGAACAAGCGGGAGGAGAAAGUGAAGAAGCAGCGGUCAGCAGACAAGGAGAAGAGCAAGGGUUCCCUCAAGAGGAACCUCAGCCCAGACCCUGCGGAAGCCUCCCACAGUGGACAGACCCACAACCUGAACCUAGGAGCACCCCAUUCUGUUGUAAUUUAAAUGGCUGCAUCCGUCACACCUCUCCCUGAUCCUGUACAUAGCCCAGCCAGGCCCCAGUCAGGCCAGCCCUUCUCCUCUUGUAAAUAAAGGCCUGGGAUUGUGUGUCGCCUCUAA